CGCCUUGGCCCUCCCUCUCUGUGAUCUUUUCUCCGGCCAUUUUCUCCUCCAACUCUCGCUUUCCCCGUCCUUUUCAUUUCGAAACCCACUUCCCGGAAGAUCGCUUCUUUUCUUUCCACUUGCGGAAAGCGAUGGCGACGAGGCGAGGCAAGUGGCAUCCGCCGCCGGUGCCGACGCCGAGGAUCAUCCAUCUGCCACGGCGGUCCAGGCUGUCCGGGCCCCCAAAGGCGCCGGCGUCUAAGGUGCGGCCGACGACGAGGUUACCGCCGGGGUCCGGCAGGAACUUGGGAGCUCUUCUAGACGAGGAGAGGUCGCUCUCUGGUGGUCAUUCCGAGCGGAGGGCGAAGGUGGAGGUGGCGGCCUUGUCGGGCGAGAGCGGCGGGGACUCCGGGGAGGAGAGGUGGAGAUUCCAGGCGGAGAUCCUCCGGGCGGAGUGCAACUUUCUUCGGAUGGAGAGGGCUAUGGCGCUGCGGAAGCUGGAGAGGAAUCGAUCUCAGAUGGAGGCCGCCUUGAGAUCCGCCAUGGAGACCCUCAUUUCGGGGAGGAACAAGAUUAAUGGGAGUGAGAGCGUGGAGGCAGCGUUGGAGGAGGAGAUCGAGGAGCUGGAGGAGAAGCUGGAGGAGUUGCAGCUGGAAAGGAGUGGUAGGAGGAGAGGCAUUGAGAGCUUCAGGGAGCUGCCGAGGAGCUGCCGGCGUAACUUCGACCGGCAAGCAUCAGUCCUCCGGCGGCGGCUGGAGAAGAUGCCGGAUGAGACCAGCGUUAGGGAAAUCCGAGAGAUCGCUGCCGAAGAGAAAUACGAUAACAAAAACUCUCCUCUCCAAUCCGAUCGUCGUUGCCGGUUUCUCGAUAAGAUGGAGAUGCUGAAGACAAGAAUGGAGGGGUUGUCCAAAGGGAUGUGGGAGAGGAUAGAGGAGUACGGGUGCUUGCUUUCUACUAACUUCUACUACUCUCACUCCACCGCCGGCAGCAGCGACAGCGUGAAGACCAGUGGCCAAAGAGUGAUCGAUUAUACGGAAAUGGCAGAAAAGGCACACACCCACUACCAGCAACAGCCGCAGCAGCAGCAGGUGGAGGAGAAGAGAUGGGCUGUGAUAGGGUCGGGGAACUGUUGCAACUGCAAGGUGGUGGGCAGGAUAAUGGAGCAGGUGAGGGUAGAGACUGAGCAGUGGAGCGAGAUGCAAGGCAUGUUGGAUCAAGUUAGGGUGGAAAUGGAGGAGCUCCAGUCAUCCAGAGAACUCUGGCAACACCGUGCCAUUACCUCGGACAUUGAUAUGCGCUCCAUUCAAAGCCAAAUGCUAGAGUGGAAACAAAGAGCAUAUGCCUCUGAGCACAAGGUGACUGAGCUACAGAAACAGAUGUCGGAGCUACAAAUCAAGCUCCAAUCAACAACGGUUGAGCUUUUUCAUCCUUCGACUUCAUCCACUGGAACCCGUUCAAAGACAUUGAAUCAAGAUUUCCAGAGGAUCAAACACCACCAACACAGAUUGCUGGAUUCGCAUAGGGAGAAAGAGAAACAUGCCCUAGUCCGCCGCUUUAAGAAUUCACAGAAAAAUUUUCCCAGACGCUCGCCUUUGCAGGACAUAGGAAAUACAUCUAUGUUCCGCCCGUGAUAUCGAGCCUACAGUGUUAUAAAACAACUUCAAAGAAAAGCAAAAGAAACAUUGGUCCACAUCAACAUAUGGUCUUGGAAUUCCUCAAUGGCUCAAUUUUGCUUGUCAAAGGAGGUGGCAGUUACCACCAUAAUAUCAGAUAAGUGACUACAGGAAGGAACAUGCUGUAGCAGAGGAUUGAAAAGAUUAGUAUGUAUGAGAGCAGAUUUUUCUAGAGAGCAUGUAGCCUUCUGCUCAACGAAUGAAAGCAUUUGCUUCAAGGAGUAUGGCGUUUUAGUCUCUAAAGCAAGGAGGGAACAACAAGGAUAGAGAUAGUGGCUUAUUCACUAAAUUCUCUUGGGAAUUUGGAUCUCUAUGGAUUACUGGAACAUAAUUCACUGCGAAAAUAGAGCUCAAGUCAAUGAUGUGUGUCUGUGAAAUGUAAAAAUAAACAUGGUAUGUUUUGCUAACUGGUGGGAGGUGGUUGAUGCUUAAUGGAGUUGUUGUAACAGCAUAACUGGGACAUUUGGAAUUGUUCAUUGAUGAGCUCUUCAUGUAGGCUAGAUGAGAAAUUUUCAAGGCUUGAGUUUAAAAGAUUACCUUAAAA